AUGCCGCUGCUAGCUAACAGAAGCUAUCUUUCGAGUAACGAGCAAGUCCAGUUGGUUGACAAAACCGAUCUCUAUAACCUACAGAACUAUCAUAUACGCGAUGACAGCGAGAUAACAUCUUCAGACGAUAGUGACAUUAAUAUUGUGGGCAGUGAGUCCGAGGGUAGAUCUUACUACGUUUCUGAAAGACCACUCAGUUCAAAUGCAGAAGCAGAACAGAAUUGUGCCAACACUAAAAUGGGUCACAAAGGCGGCUCCCCAUUUAAAAGAGGGAUGAGCUCAUUUUUUAAGAGACAUGAAUCGCGCGAUGGUUCUCAUAAUAAGGACUCCACUAUUCAUGCUGAUGUCCCAGAAUUGCAGAAGGAUGGUGAAGUGCUCGACACGACUGAAAGCCGCGCGUCAAGUGCAUCGAGCUCGAGCAGAUUUUGGAGGUCUUGGAGACUGAGACAUCGUAGAAAUGACUGCGAUUUUGAUGAGAUCACUGCGAGUCAGAAACAGACCCAAGAAAUUGAAAACAAUUUAGAUGAAAGCAGCGACAAAGAGGACAUUAAAGAGAAGAAAGAAGAACCGAAUGAUACAACUGAAGAAAAAGUCUCCGAUGAUUUUCGUGAAUACAUGGAUAGAGAUUUUGCAUUCAGACACCAAAAAGCUCAACCUGACAUUGCUGCAAGAGCUGUACCACUUAAAGGAAAAUUUGAAGCUCAGUUUUCCGAAAGCGAGACGUCGGACGAGGGAAACGACGAUGAGUUGGGUUUAUCGAGAUGUUCCAACUUGGAAAGACCUUCUGAAGUUUUGCCACAUAUGGCGUCGCCCUUGACACCGGUUGACGAGAUUUCCGUUGUUGAAGAGAAGACCGUCAGGAAAGGUUCCUUGCAGUAUAAAAACAUCUACAAAACUCCACAGGACUACAUUUCUCUCGAAGAGCAAUUUGAUCAUUUGCAGGUUAACAAGAAUUCGAAAACAUUCUUUAACUUGCUAAGCACACUUCAUCUCCUCAAUGGCCCUUCUCAAAAAUCUAGCAACCUCAGCUCACUGGAAGAAUUUACUAAGACUAUUUUGUCUUUAGUUGAGAAUUCCGCGAAACAUGGACAGGGUAGUUCUGCUGAAAAUGCGACGACUGCCAAUAACUUGAUGGAAUUCAAGAGCACAAUUGACACUGACACUGGAGCACCCGAUCAAGUUGUUGAGCUGGAAUCUGAACUAUCGCUGCUACGCGACAAGUAUGAAGGUAAAAUCAGCGAUUUGUACAACUGUCGCAAAGAGCUCAAAGCUGCACACGACGAUUUGGCUGACGCUCGCAAUGAAAUAGCAGAAAGCGACAAGGAGAUGAGCACCUUAAAAACUGAACUCAAUUCUCGACGUCAGGAAUGGACUGAACUAGAGAGUGCCCUCAGGGCUCAACUGAACGAGCAAGCGGACGGUCGCAAAACCGAACAUGCCGAAACACAAAAAUAUAUGGACAAUUAUGAGAAGCUACAAUCUGAACACACAAAACUGGAAGAGAGGCAUCAAUGCUUGCUUGAGCAAGGUGAUGCAUCUAGGGACAAAAUCCAUGAGUUGAUAGGAAUCGUAUCCGAAAACGAUCUCAAAGCGAGAAAACUUCAGCAGGCAAAUGACCGUCUUCAAAAAGAACUCACUGAUGCCAGUCGUCUUGCCACAAAAGCCAAAUCAGCCAAUAAGAAGCUCGAAACAGACUGCCGUCGAGAGCACUGCAAGCUUUUGGACUGUCGUCGAGAGCUUGAAAUUUUACACGGACAAUUGGAACUGGCCAGUUGUCACAAGACAGAAUCGCUACAAUUCAUGGCUCAAUUGAUGAUAUCAUUUAAAGACGCGCUGUGCGAAAAUUCGUUGCAAGAGUGCGACGCAUAUUUAGAGUCUAUUGGCUCAAAUGAACUAUUCAGCUGCGCUCUCCUACAAUGUGGACCAAAAAUAAAUGAACAACAAUGGAAGGAGCAGGCUUCUCGCCAACGCGCUCAGAUUGCAGAGUUCUAUCGACACUUUGCGAAGAAAAACCUUUUGGACCAGAUCUUUGCGAAAUACGUCUCUUACAUGCGCUCGAACAGGUUUUUGUCGCAACAACUCAGAGGUUUGCGUCAACAAGAGCACGACCAUGAGGAAUAUAUCUCGCGAUUGCUGCAAGACUGCAAAUCUCAAAGAGUUCUGAUUGCCAAACAAGACCAUCGUAUUUCGAAUUUGAAAAAGAGUUCCAAAGAUCAGAAAGCCGAGCUGGAGUCAAAGUGA